UCGGGGGUCACAAUCACUGUCAUUUACUCACGUAUGGUGGUCAAUGGAAGAAAAACUCGCUUGGGCCCUUUGCAAGCAGAAUGAGUGUCACUUCCGAAUGCCAGCCGGAGAGAGUGAAGCCUUGAUGAGGUUUUUAAGAUAUACACUGACCUGGCUACAUCCAGAGAAGAAGAGUCCAGCUCAGCCAGAGCAGGAGAGUAUUGUGGCAAGUUGGAACAGCUCCAGACUUUGAAACAUAACCUUGACCUUGUGAAAGACACAGAGGACAAUGAGACUAUCCUCCAGAACACUUAUGACCCUGACCAGGGCAACGCUUGUUUCACCAAGAACAAGCUCAGGGAGAGGGAGGUAGCAGAGAAGGUCAACAACAACAACGGGAACCAGGAAUAGGAGAAGGAGCAACCAACCAAAGGAAAGAGGAAGAGUGGAGGGAGCUGCCUCCAGCCUCAGUGCAGCAGGAGGACACUUCUAACAUUUAGAUCGACCAGACUGACAAUACUGCAGGAAAUGCCAAAACAGCCAAAUCCAAGUCCUCCUUGGAGUCGGAAGGUCCUGGGAAUAUACAUAGGAGAAAGAAUAACAAAGGGAAGAGGAGAGGAGGAGGUGUCUGGGGCCCAGAGUGGAGCUGCGUUGGAACUCAAGGAUGAGUUACUCCAUGAGUACCGGUAGCAGAUGGCACAGGAAGUGGAGAGGGCUACCGUGAGGAAGACUGUACACAAGAAGUCAACAACGGACAAGACCAUCUCUGCCCCUCAGGAAGCAGUAACAUUAAACAAUGAAGGUGCAAAGAAGAAGAAGAACAAGCUGAGGUCGUCAUUGGAUUCUGAGAGGGAGACGAGGUGUGUAGAAGUCUUGCAGGAUGAACUUUCACAACUCCAGUGAGGUUUGCAUGAACCUGUAAGGAAGCAGUAAGUCAGGUAUUCUCAACCUUUUUGGGGACGGGGACAACUUUUGUGAUAGCAAAUUCAUCAGGGACCUCCUCAUAAUCAGAACACAACUGGAGUGAGAUAAAAAUAGCAUACAAGGAGUUGUACUAUGACUUCGGCAGUGCAUGGAACCAAGUCUCAGUGCAUGGAACCAAGUCUCAGUGCAUGGAACCAAGUCUCAGUGCAUGGAACCAAGUCUCAGUGCAUGGAACCAAGUCUCAGCGCAUGGAACCAAGUCUCAGCGCAUGGAACCAAGUCUCAGCGCAUGGAACCAAGUCUCAGCGCAUGGAACCAAGUCUCAGCGCAUGGAACCAAGUCUCAGUGCAUGGAACCAAGUCUCAGUGCAUGGAACCAAGUCUCAGUGCAUGGAACCAAGUCUCAGCGCAUGGAACCAAGUCUCAGCGCAUGGAACCAAGUCUCAGCGCAUGGAACCAAGUCUCAGCGCAUGGAACCAAGUCUCAGCGCAUGGAACCAAGUCUCAGCGCAUGGAACCAAGUCUCAGCGCAUGGAACCAAGUCUCAGCGCAUGGAACCAAGUCUCAGCGCAUGGAACCAAGUCUCAGCGCAUGGAACCAAGUCUCAGCGCAUGGAACCAAGUCUCAGCGCAUGGAACCAAGUCUCAGCGCAUGGAACCAAGUCUCAGCGCAUGGAACCAAGUCUCAGCGCAUGGAACCAAGUCUCAGCGCAUGGAACCAAGUCUCAGCGCAUGGAACCAAGUCUCAGCGCAUGGAACCAAGUCUCAGCGCAUGGAACCAAGUCUCAGCGCAUGGAACCAAGUCUCAGCGCAUGGAACCAAGUCUCAGCGCAUGGAACCAAGUCUCAGCGCAUGGAACCAAGUCUCAGCGCAUGGAACCAAGUCUCAGCGCAUGGAACCAAGUCUCAGCGCAUGGAACCAAGUCUCAGCGCAUGGAACCAAGUCUCAGCGCAUGGAACCAAGUCUCAGUGCAUGGAACCAAGUCUCAGUGCAUGGAACCAAGUCUCAGUGCAUGGAACCAAGUCUCAGCGCAUGGAACCAAGUCUCAGCGCAUGGAACCAAGUCUCAGCGCAUGGAACCAAGUCUCAGCGCAUGGAACCAAGUCUCAGUGCAUGGAACCAAGUCUCAGCGCAUGGAACCAAGUCUCAGCGCAUGGAACCAAGUCUCAGCGCAUGGAACCAAGUCUCAGCGCAUGGAACCAAGUCUCAGUGCAUGGAACCAAGUCUCAGCGCAUGGAACCAAGUCUCAGCGCAUGGAACCAAGUCUCAGCGCAUGGAACCAAGUCUCAGCGCAUGGAACCAAGUCUCAGCGCAUGGAACCAAGUCUCAGCGCAUGGAACCAAGUCUCAGUGCAUGGAACCAAGUCUCAGUGCAUGGAACCAAGUCUCAGCGCAUGGAACCAAGUCUCAGUGCAUGGAACCAAGUCUCAGUGUAAUAAUUAA